CGUUCCUCCCUCCCUCCUCCUCCUUUUCCUCGGUGAGGCGCUCUUCCAGCAGCCAGGCAGCAUGGCGGCCGUGGAGACACGGGUGUGCGAGACGGACGGCUGCAGCAGCGAGGCCAAGCUCCAGUGUCCCACCUGCAUCAAGCUCGGCAUCCAGGGCUCGUACUUCUGCUCCCAGGAAUGUUUUAAAGGAAGUUGGGCUACUCACAAGUUACUACAUAAGAAAGCAAAAGAUGAAAAGGCAAAGCGAGAAGUGUCUUCCUGGACUCUAGAAGGUGAUAUUAACACUGACCCAUGGGCAGGUUAUCGAUACACUGGUAAACUCCGACCACAUUAUCCACUGAUGCCAACAAGGCCAGUGCCAAGUUAUAUUCAAAGACCAGACUAUGCUGAUCACCCUUUAGGAAUGUCUGAAUCUGAACAGGCGCUUAAAGGUACCUCUCAAAUUAAAUUACUCUCAUCUGAAGAUAUAGAAGGGAUGCGGCUUGUAUGUAGGCUUGCUAGAGAAGUACUGGAUAUUGCCGCUGGGAUGAUUAAACCAGGUGUAACUACUGAAGAAAUAGAUCAUGCUGUACACUUAGCAUGCAUUGCAAGAAAUUGCUAUCCUUCUCCCUUGAAUUACUAUAAUUUCCCAAAGUCUUGUUGUACUUCAGUGAAUGAAGUGAUCUGUCAUGGGAUUCCAGACAGACGGCCCUUGCAAGAAGGUGAUAUUGUUAACGUGGACAUCACUCUUUACCGCAAUGGUUAUCAUGGAGACCUGAAUGAGACGUUUUUUGUUGGAGACGUAGAUGAGGGAGCACGGAAGCUGGUUCAGACUACAUAUGAGUGCCUGAUGCAAGCCAUCGACGCAGUGAAACCUGGUGUUCGAUACAGAGAAUUGGGAAACAUUAUUCAGAAACAUGCCCAAGCAAAUGGCUUUUCAGUUGUUCGAAGCUACUGUGGGCAUGGAAUCCACAAACUUUUUCAUACGGCCCCCAAUGUACCCCACUAUGCCAAAAAUAAAGCAGUUGGAGUGAUGAAGGCGGGCCAUGUAUUUACAAUUGAGCCAAUGAUUUGUGAAGGUGGAUGGCAGGAUGAAACCUGGCCAGAUGGUUGGACCGCGGUGACGAGAGACGGGAAGCGGUCUGCUCAGUUCGAGCACACCCUGCUGGUCACGGACACUGGCUGUGAAAUCCUGACCCGGCGGCUGGACAGCGAGCGGCCUCACUUCAUGUCCCAGUUUUAAUUUCUCCCAAGCCGGCACAUCUCAGUAAUACCUUCUGGCUAUACUGUGCUUUUUAUUGAGAGUACAGAAUGGAAGAGGAAAUUUUUUACUUGUUUUGUUUUGACUAUAGAUAAGAAAGUACUACCACAUUUGACAUGUAUCCUCAAGAACUUGUCUUGAGUCUGGAAAAGCCAAGAAGAAUAAAGGAAACAUUUUUCAACUCCUUUCAGUGUUCCCCUGCCCGCCCUCCCCACAUCGCUGCACCCUUGUUUUCUCAUUUGUCCUUUGAGCACUUUUGCUUAAACCUGCUUCUAGUUGCUUUUAUCACUGCCACAACUGGGCCAUCAGGAGCCGCUGCUUUCCAGAUAGAUGAAUGUGGAAGGUGAGAAUCCUUGAAACUUUAGCAACAUAUGUUGCUUCAGAUUUUUUUUACUAUAUAGGAAAUAUAUAUGUAUACAUUUUAAAUUCAUAUAUGUAAUUACAGAACACUAUAUGACCUGGAGUUUAUGUUGAUUCUGCUCCAACAGGGUCAUAAGCUGUCAUAAAUGGACACACAGUUUGCAGUGAUUUAAUUCUUAACUGGGAAUCGGCCUCCCCCAUGCUAAUUAUUUACCCAUGUAGUUUUGUGGAAGGAAGCAUUCAGAGUCUGUGUCAGUGAAUGGAUAUGGCAAAAUUCACUCUGGAAAAAGGUUAUUAGGUUUUUUGAAAUCUAGUUUAUGGCAAAAAUAGCCGUGCUCCAAGUGGUAGUGGCUGUUGCAGAGUAUGAAGAUUUUGUAAUAUAUUGCUAUUUCAGACCUCUAUUUGGUCAAAAUGGGGGGAACAAAGUUCCCUUUCUUCCACUGUCUAUUUUAUUUCAAGGGCACACCUUGGAGACAUUCAGAGAAAGGUGGAGGUUGCACUGUGGAAGUUGAUCGGGAAAGCCAGUUCUGAAAUUUCUCCAGCAUUGAGCACAGUAAGUCAGGUGAGAUGUUAGAUUCUAACAUUUAGUAAACCUGGUUGUGAUGAGAAAGAAAACUCUUCAAAGAUUGGACUGUUGCCUUGCAGUAGGGAUACAGCUGUCCUUGGAGUGCUGAAAACACACUUCACCUUUACAUCGCUGGGAACCUCAUUAGAAAUGACCUCAGCUGCCCAGUAUCUGUGUUCCUUUCAGUAGUUCAGUCCAAAUGCGACUGUAUCCUGUGAAGGCAUAUCAGAUCAAAGUCAUUGUCCUUAGAGUGUACUUGAUUACUGGGAUUCAGGUGACUGUAUUGUAAGAUAACUUGAUACCACUGACAUGUUAUACUUGUACGAAAACAUCUUUCCCAGAGUGCCUCAGACCUUACUGCUUUAAAAGAAUUAUGGUAAUGUUUUCAUUUUAUUAUUUUAAUGUUUAGUCGAGUGACUGAAUCUGGUAUAGAUUUUCCGGGAUAUAUGUGUGAAGUUUUUUAUCAAACUGUAAUAUUUGUGAAUGGAAUGCCUUGCAAUAUGAAUAUUAAUAUAAUGUGUAAAGGGAGAUUAAAAAGUUUGAGUGAUUAUCCUGCCAUGUGGUCAUUAACUUUGCUGUAUUUGUUUGGCAUUUCAGAGGAAAUGGUGGGAAUGGGGUAGCUGAUUUCAUAAUCUAAAACUCAUGACCAUACUUUAUCAAGUUUAUUGGCCAUAUAAAAAAUUCCAGUACUGUGUUUGGUUGAGCAGAGUCUACCAGCAGCAUUUGAGAUGCAACCAUGUGGUUUGUUUUUGUUUUUGUUUUUUUAAGAGCUGUCAAGGCAGAGAAUGCUGCAAUUUAGGGGAGCAUUUUAUGUGCUGAUAGUGGAAUUAAGUGUGGGCUGAUUUGUUGUCUAUCAUUCAUUACACAAGAAACUCCAGGCCCUUGUUGGUGUAGCUCAGUGUAUUGAGUGUCCGGCUGCAAACCAAAAGGUGACUGGUUUGAUUCCCAGUCCAGGGCACAUGGCUGGGUUGUGGGCCAGGUUCUCAGUUGGGGGUGCUCAAGAGACAGCUGAUCAAUGUACGUAUAGCACUUCGACAUCUCCCUUUUUUCUCACUUCUCUUCUCUCUGAAAAAAUAAAUAAAAUCUUUUUUAAAAAGAAGCACCAGGAGAAAAGUCUUGGUGGGAUAGUUUUUUUGUUGUUGUUAUUAAAACACCUUACUGGUGAUGAUGCUUUUCUCGGUUUGGGAGAUUUAAAACAAUAUGGGCUCUAUUCUAAUUGUCUAUAUAUAUAUAUAACUAUAGAUGUUUAUUAGAUUUAGAUAAGAAAACAUCUAGUUUCAUCAUUCUGCCAACUUCUCAAAAUGAGCCAAUGUGUUAACUUUUUAUUUAUUAUUGUAUUAACUUUUAAAAUAUUCUUUUUCCUGCCAGUCCUCCAUGCCCCUUUCAAAGGGAAACAUUUUAGGCUUUUAAUUCAUUUUAUAUGUUUUCACAAUAAAAUGGAUUAAGGUUUGUUAGAGCUCAUUUACCAGCACCUUUAUACCACUUGCCAUCCACUUGUAUAAGUUAAUAGGAAGAGGAGAUUUAGGAAUUUGUUUACUACCUUAAUUUGAUUCCUUAAUUUGGUCUAUAAUCACUUCUGGUUUUUCAUUGUAUUUGGUUAGAAUUGAGAGCAGGAUGCUCUACUUUGCUAAUGCCCGUACCCUCAUGGUGUCACUAGCUUAUUUUUUCUUCCAAUUUUUUAUUUUGAAAAUUUUAAGUUUACAGAAAAGUUGAAAGUAUAUUACCAUGAAAUAAUCAUAUAUUCUUUUCUUGUAUUCAUCAAUUGUUCUUUUGCCAUCAUCUCUCUCUGUAAGCACACUUUUCACUUGAAAGAAGUAGCAUCAUACUUACCCAUUGUUACUACAACAUGUCUUUCUUAAAACAUAAGGAUGUGUCCUACAUAAUUAUAAUACAGUUAUCACACCCAAGGAAUUCAACAUAGAUACCGUAUUGUCUAAUACAGGGAUUUUUCAACCUUUUUCAUCUCAUGGCACACAUAAACUAAUUACUAAAAUUCUGCAGAAUUCCAAAAAAAUACAUUUGUUGUUGAUCUGAUAAAAAAAAGUAUGAUUUUGUUUCAUUUACACUGGACAGUUAUUGUUGUGUUGGCUGUUGUCAUUUCUUAAAUUUGGCAAUCUAAAGGAAAAGAAGACAAUGCCCGUGACUAAAUACUCAAGUAUUGCAUGUUUAAAAACACUGCUUAAAAAUAACUGGUCUAAUGUAUGUAUUACAAUGCAUUGUAACAUCACUUGUUCUUUAAAAGCUUUUUCUUUUUCUUUUAUUUUUUUUUAAAUCCAGGAUCCAAAGCUACAGCAUUGAGUUGCCAUGUAUCUGUAGUCUCUUUCACUCUAGAGCAGUUCUUCCACUUUUU